GAAGCAAAUGUAUUAUCUUGGGGGAAAACCAGAUUUUAGUGUCACUGACUUAGCAGUUCUCUCCCAUGCAAAUAUUUAAAAGUCAUGAUGUUACCUAUCUUUCCCCUGGCAAGGAUAAAUUUCUCAUCAAAGUGUCAGAUUAAUAUCUAGUAGAAUAAAUAAGUUUCUGGAUGUACUAUGUGGGUUGGUUACACAUUGAAAGUGGACCGGAGUUCAUUACCUUGUGAAUUUACUUUGUUAAGGAUGAAACUAAGGUUAGGUAAACUUUGCUAAACUGGCCAGUCAAUAUCAUUUCUUUGUUUCUUGUUAAGUUUGAUGAAAGCUCUCCAGCAUGGCCUGGUUACUCAAGCUGUAGACACUCACAAGGAUGAUAAAGUGGUGUCCAGUAUCAUCUACCCUCACUGACAACACUUGCCUACGUGUAGAAGUUGCCUUAAAAAUAGUCUACAAAAAAACUAAUUCCACUUAUCUGACAAACAUAUGGAUUUUAAUUAACUACAGCAAACCCUGAUGUGUAUUCAUUAGUUGCUGUUGCUUUGUUAUUGUGGAAUGAAUUGUAUACUGUGAUGUUGGUUUAAAAUCAUUCAUCAGAUUGUUAGCAGCACAGGCAUAGACUGUUGUCUGUGAUUUCAUUUUUCUGGGCCAGCCUUCUUUAAUAUACAUAUCAUGCACAAGAGAGCAUUUCACACAAAUUUUGGUGACAUUCUGUUUUUCCCAGAAUGGGUCCUGCGUGGAAAGAAAGAAAUGUAUUUGUCCUGUCUGGUGCUUGUGGUAAUGGGGGUUGUUUAUCAAGGGAUUAAAUUUGCCAGACAACAGUAUGGACGCAAGUGUCGUAAUAUGACAUGCAAACGCUACAUCCUAAACAAAGGCCACAUCCUCCAGACUAUAAUGUACCUGAUGCAGUUUGUAGGGGGCUACAUCCUCAUGUUAUCCGUCAUGACCUACAACGUGUGGGUGGCAGUCGCUGUCAUGGUUGGCCUAGGCCUGGGCUAUUUCUUCUUUGGCUGGGGGGAGUACGAGGAGCCAAGGGCUGCCCUUCACGUACCCAAGUCUUACCUGCAGACGUGUGGUACCGUCAGCGCGUCCAGCAGCGCCACGCAAGAGCUGCUGUCUUUCAACAAGUCUAGUGAGGAUACGGAAUACCAGGACACCAACAACAGCAGCAGUGUACGCUGUACCUGUGGCACUUCACAGUUGUGAUCUUUACAAAAAGUGCAUCGUUGUAGGGAAAAACAUUAUAUACAGUAAUAACUUGUGUAUAUUAAUGGCUAAAAAAAUACCUUUAAAGAAGUCGCAUGUAAUGUUUUGAAUGUGAAGCACUAGACAGUACUUUAUCAGCUGUUCCCAACCCUUAUUCCCCAUGUUAUUUCUGUAAUAAUCCUAAACUGGACUUGCUAGUUAACUAAAUAGGGUAAAGGCUUUCAUCCACUUUAGUGCUACACAAUACUACUUAUCCAUACAUCUUAUGACUAAUAUUAAUGUUUUAUAAUACAGAAAUCUACUUGUUCUAUUAUUAAUGUAAGAACAUGACGUCUCUUCCUUUUUGUUAUAAGGAAACUCUUGUGGUUCUUGUGCCUUUUAUCUUAUUAUUGAGGAUUUCAACCAUUACCAAUCUUAAUGUUGCUUUACCCUGGGGUACUACUGGUCUAGACCCUAGCCGUAUGCAGCAUGUAUGUCUACUUUGUGG